CAGAGCCUGCUGAGCGGAGCCGUAAUCACGUGACCAGCGAGCGAACAGAGCAGUUGAACGCUGUAUCAUAGUGUCAGAAAUUUUAAUAAACGAACGCGAAUGAGCCUGCACUGAGUACACUUUUUAAAUAAACGAACGGCAAAUUCAAGCUCGGAGAACUCAGAUCAAAAUACCGAACGCACGGAGAAUGCUCCUGUAAAUUUUCGAACGCAACCCAGAAAUAAACGGUAAAUUUUGACAGUUCCAAUUUGGUGCAUGUUUAAUUUAUUUUUCAAAUUCGCCAAGGUUAGUUUUUUGGGUUGGUUAUGUUAAUAUGUGAUUUCCAGUUUCCAGUAGUGUUUGCUGGUUGAUUUUUCAAUUUACUUAUCUAUAAUAAUUUAUCAAGUUAUCAUAAUCAUCAAGUGUGUGGUCAGGUGGUUUCCCGUUUUCUCCUCGAGUUUUUUGUUUAUUUUUUUUUAAUAGUUUUUUAUGGAAAUUUUAGUUAUAUCCAGCUGGCAGCUAGAUCAAAAAUAAGGUUAAUAUUGGGGGGAAAUCUUGGGUCAAAUUAUCCAAAUUUGCAAUUGCAGGAAAAAUUCAACAAAAUGCCUUGCGAUCUUUGUCAUACCGAAGAAGAAAAUGAUGAAUCUCAUAGGGAUUCCGCUGUCCAUCGGUUCAAUUACAUGCUUCAACAAUACCAAAAAAAUAAAAGACAAUGUACAGAUAGCAACGGAGUCGAACUCCAAAUCGAUGUGAAAAAACUCAACGGAUUCAGCUACGAUUUCACCAGGGAACCAAACAAUAAAGGAACCCAUUACCUAAACAUGACACCAAAGACGCUCAAACAACACGGAAACCAAGUGGAAUUUGAGUGUAGAAUAAAAAAUGCCCGAACCAGAAAACGAGAUCCCAUAGUUGUAACGUAUGCGGGAGUUUUGUAUCCUUAUAUGCUGUAUUCCAUGACAGAUCCGGGCGGUCAUACUGAUCAAGAAAAUUUUUUUGUAGUUGAAGCCGGAAGGACUAACACAUAUACAGUCAAAUUAAAGCUUGAAGAAAACAAUGUCAGCAAUUAUAAGAUUCCAAUUUUGUUUACUGUUCAAACGCUUAAUAAAAACCUCGAUAAAAAGGAUAAGGGAGAACAAUUUUCAUUUGCGAGAUCUAUUGUUGUCGCUAUUCACGAUUUAGUUAUCAAAGAACAUCAGAUAGAAAAAAGUCCCUUUACUAACAACCCAUGGGGAAUAAUUGAAAACUUAAUGCCUCCAGUGAAAGUGCCACCUAUGCCAUCAGAUGAGUUUCCCAUCCCCUCAAAGUAUAGAAAAACUCUAAAGUGGGCCCUGACAAAAGAUUUCGGCGACGGAGUGCUACAACAAAUAUUAGAGAAAUUAAAACCCGGCUACGUUACAUUGAACAAUUAUGUUGAAUUUUGGCACGUCUUAUUAUGGCUCGAAGAAAUGUGCACCGAAAUCGGCUUGAGUUGUUACAACAUGGAAAAUGUAAAUCUUGCUUAUGUGGACGGAGGUUGCUUGAAAUUAGAAGUACCCGGAUUAGCGGAGAAAAGACCUUCAGUAAUUAAAGGGGACAGGAUUGAAAUAAAAGUUCACGGCGAUCAUACUGCUUACCAAGGAGUUAUAUUUAAAGUUGAGGACAAAUAUUGCGUUAUUACUGGACUUCAUCCAGAUAUUGUUACCAACAUCCAACAAUGCCCGAAACUUGAAAUGGACGUCAGAUUUCGUCUAGGAAGAAUCCAUUACGAAAGAAUGCACCGCGGUGUGGAACAAGUGGAAAUUAACGGCUUUCUUCGUCAAUUAUUUCCCAGUGAUGCUCCACGUAAAAAUAUUCGUCAGCCAAUUACCAUUGGCAGAAAUGAGUUGUUCAACAAACAAAUAUAUACAAAUCAGGAACAAAUGACAGCCGUUGAAAAAAUAGUAAAUAACACCUCCAAAGGGGCACCUUAUAUUGUUUACGGACCACCAGGGACCGGUAAGACUGUAACCAUUGUGGAGGCCAUUUACCAACUAAAAAGGCUCACCAAGUUUAAAAUCCUCAUUUGCGCACCAGCCAAUGCCGCUUGUAACAUGUUAACUGAGAAACUUAUACCAUUUUGUACUGAAAAAGAAUUGAGAAGGGUCCUUUCAGAGAAUUGCGAUUUUUCUUCUGUGCACGAUGACAUCCUUAGCUAUUGCAAUCUAAUGAAGGAAGAAGACGGGACAAAAAUCGCUACACGUUUUCUGAGAGAAGAAUUGAGUAAUUACAGAAUAAUUGUAACUACUUUGGUAUUGGCUGGAAAAUUUAGCAGAGAAUACCAUCCUGAUAUAGUAUUCUUGGAUGAAGCGGCACAAGCUCGAGAACCAGAAGCCUGUUGCGCCAUUGGCCUCCUACGGGACGACAAGCGGUUAGUUUUGGCCGGUGAUCAUCAGCAAUUAGGCCCAGUUGUUCAUUCGAAAGUUUGCAUCAAAAAUCGUUAUAAUGUUUCCUUGUUGGAAAGACUCAUGAGCUUCCCAGUGUACAAGCGCGACACCGAUAAUAACUUCGUGACAAUGUUGAAGUUAAAUUUCAGAUCGCAUCCUGAGAUUAUUCAGUUGCCCAAUAAGUUUUUUUAUGAUAACCAAUUGAAGGCAGUAUCAGCCGAUGCUCAAAGUGACCUUUUGGCGAAGACUUACCUUUAUAAACUGAUUGUGGAUAAGGGCGUUCAUAACCAAAACGGUUCUCCUAUUGAAUUUUGUUGUGUGUUGGCUUCUGAAAGAAAGGAAGGUCGCUCACCAAGCUACUAUAAUCCAAGUGAAGUCAACAUGGUAAUCAAAUACAUCAACAUUCUAAUGUCUUUGCAAUACAUAAAAGUAGAUCCAACCGAAAUUGGUAUAGUAACUCCCUAUAUCCGACAAGUGUACAAAAUUCGUGAAGCUCUUUCUGUCCAACACCGAGACCUAAUAGAAGUGGGAACCACUGAAGCUUUUCAGGGACGCGAAAAACGCGUCAUGAUUAUAUCGACCGUUAGGGCUCAAGAAGAUUUACUUUUGCAGGACAAAAAGUACAAAUUGGGAUUUGUUAAGGAACCAAAGAGGUUCAAUGUUGCUAUAACACGAACAAAAUCGAAACUAAUCGUAAUCGGUAAUCCAUUAGUGUUGGUGAAAGAUGAAAAAUGGAAAGCAUUGAUGGACCAAGCCAAGCGAUUGGGUACCUUGUGCGGUGCUCCAUAUAUUGAAAGAAACCAAACAAUGCAAGACGAAAUAGUGAGAAGAUUUAAAUACAUGAAAGAUAAAAAGACUAAUAAGUAAGUGAAAAAUAUAAUAAAACGCAAGGCCUUAAUAAUUAUUGUGAUAGUUGAAACAAUGUUUUAUUUUGGGUCAAAUACUAAGAGAGUUUUUUUAUAAUAUACUUAUUUAAUAAUACAAUGCAAAAAUUGUCUUGUAUAUUUUUAUAUUAAUAUUGUCUUGUUCAAUUUUGGUUUAAUUUCUUAGAAGUAUUUUUUUAUUUUUAUUAUAGUAUAAUGCCAAACAAGCAUUUUUGAAUAAAUUCAUUGCUCCAAGUAGGUAAUAAACAGGGUAAAGAAUUAUUAUUUAAUAUUAAUAUCUAUAUAUUUUGUACUGUUUAGUUUAAUAAAAG